AUGCAGCUCUCCUUGCUGGAAUUACUUACUGCUUAUAUUCAGAAGGUGUCCGACGAGACUGUUCCGUUAGCGCAGAGACAAGCCAUCCCCUGGAUUCUUUGGACGAUCUGGAAAAACAGGAACAUGAUCCUGUAUGCUGAUACACAGGAGUCUCUGAUCAUUCAAAUUCAAAAGGCGGUUGAAGAGGCCCGUCUUUGGAAGGAGUUGAAUAUGCAGCAACAAACUCCUGAGAUUCUACACGGUCUGAAUGAAGAAACGAAGAAAUGGGAUCCACCUUUACCAGGUUAUGUGAAAUGCAACAUCCAUGCAAAUUGGAGAAACGCAAAGCUUCAUAGUGGAGUGGCUUUCAUUGUUCGUGAUCAGAGUGGCAUUGUCCUCCACCAUGCCAGAGACGCUAACACUUUCUCUCCGAACAGAGCAACUGCUGAGCUUCGAUGUCUGGUAUGGACCUUACAGAGUUUGAAGGAUCUGGGCUAUCAGGAUGUUGUGAUUGGUUCAGAUUCCUUUGAAUUAGAGUCGUAUUCUUCAAAUCAGAUUGCAAGAGAGAUUGCAAAGAGUGUCCUUCGAGAUGGCCGUUUCCAAUCUUAUUUGGCCUUAGGAGGACCAGCUUGGCUUCACCAAAGGAUUUUAAGGGAAGCAUUGUUGAACAGCUCGUAUUGA